AGUUUCAGUCGAUAAUAGUCGCGGAUUCGUCGUAGUUGCGCCAAGUCGAGUUUUGUUGGCGGUAUCGAACGGUUUUGCCGGCACAACAGACAGAAUAAUACCGGAGGGUGGCUCUCUCUAUCUCUCUCUCUUUCUCUCUCUCCCACGCUUGGUAAUAUUUCUAUAUAGGGGGUGGCAUUUUAUUAUUGUCUCGCGGGCGCAGUCAGUGUUCGUGUGUAUUUUUCAAGAGUUUGUUCGAUUCGUUGUUGGGAUAAUUUUUGCUAAAAAUGAACGGUUUGAACGGCCACCAGAAUGGAGAAAGCAACGGGUGCGGCGACAUCAUCUCCCAGAACCAGCUAAAGGGAUGCUGGACCAUCGGGUUGAUCAACUCGAAAUUUCGGUACUUAACCGCCGAAACUUUCGGGUUUAAGAUUAACGCCAACGGUACGUCUUUGAAGAAGAAACAGAUAUGGACUUUGGAACCUGAUAGUACCUCGCCAGGUGAAAGCCUCAUCUACCUAAGAUCCCACAUGGACAAAUACUUAGCAGUAGACUCCUUUGGCAACGUAACCUGUGAAAGUGAAGAAAAAGACCCCGGGAGUAAGUUCCAAAUCAGCGUCGCCGAAGACGGCACCGGAAGAUGGGCUUUGCGUAACGUCGUCAGGGGUUACUUCUUAGGCGCCUCAGCUGACAAACUGACUUGCACCGCUAAGGUUCCAGGUGAUGCAGAAUUCUGGUUUGUCCAUUUGGCCGCCAGACCUCAAAUGAACUUGCGAUCAGUAGGUCGUAAACGGUUUGCCCAUCUAUCAGAGAGCCAAGACGAGAUUUAUGUUGAUGCCAAUAUUCCUUGGGGUGAAGACACUUUGUUCACUUUGGAGUUUAGGCUUGAGGAAGGCGGAAAGUAUGCCAUCCACACAUGCAACAAUAAAUAUCUCUCUAUGAACGGCAAACUGGUAGAUACUUGCAGCAAGGACUGCUUAUUCUCAGCUGAGUAUCACAGUGGGCAAUUGGCCCUUAGGGACUCACAGGGGCAAUAUUUGAGCCCCAUAGGGUCCAAAGCGGUCUUAAAAAGCCGAUCCAAUACCGUUACUAAAGAUGAAUUGUUUUCUUUGGAAGAUUCGUUGCCGCAGGCCAGUUUCGUUGCUGCGUUAAAUUCCAGAUUUGUCAGUGUUAAACAAGGAGUGGAUGUAACGGCCAACCAGGACGAAAUCUCCGAUCACGAGACUUUCCAGCUGGAAUUCGAUUGGUCCACCAAGAGAUGGUACAUCCGCACCAUGCAAGACAAAUAUUGGACUUUGGAGACCGGAGGGGGUAUCCAGGCUGCUGGAGAUAAAAGGUCAUCAAACGCUUUAUUCGAUCUUAUCUGGCAAAAAGAUGGUUCGGUCGCUUUCAGAGCGAACAACGGACGUUACGUGAUGACCAAACGUAGUGGACAUCUAUUCGCCAACAGUGACGUAAUCGACGAUGAUACUUGCAAAUACUUCUUUUAUCUGGUUAAUCGGCCCAUUUUGGUUUUGAAGUGUGAACAAGGGUUUGUCGGUUAUAAGGCUGCCGGGAGCACCAAGUUGGAAUGUAAUAAGGCUACAUAUGAGACCAUCCGGGUGGAGAGGGGAGAUAAGGGAAUAGUUUACUUUAAAGGUCAGAACAACAAAUAUUGGCACGCCGACAGCGAAUCAGUUACAGAAGACUCAGACACUCCGGAGGGCUUCUAUCUGGAACUAAGAGAACCAACUCGAUUGUGCAUUAAGGACACCUCGGGACACUACUUAACUGCCAACAAAAACGGCUGUUUUAGACUGGGCGACACCUCGAUAGAGAACGCCACCCAGUGGGAAUAUUAAGAAGAAAAAACAAAGAAAUAUUUUUUUACUAUCUAUGGUGUAAGAAUUUUUUUUUGGUCCACUGUGUACUAAUGAAUCAUCAUUGCCAAACUUUUUUGAAGGGUGAAACUGAACCUUUUAUGAUAUUUAUUUUAUGUUUAUUUAUAUAGGUUUAAGGCUUUCCUAUUUUGUGUUACUAAAAGUGAGUGGCCUUAUUGCAGAUUUUUUCCUAAUAAAUACGUACUUAUAAUAAUAAUGUUUCUUGAGACUGCAAUAAUAUUUAAACAGUUUUUGGCCUGUGUUAUUCGUUUUUUAUGUAUAUGUAUAUAAUACAUUCUUCGUCCUUAUACCGGA